CGUCAAGACACCGGUCAUUUCGGUUUGUUUAGCGACACUCAGCAGCUCACGAAUAACUUGAUCUGUCAGUGUCAGGUCUUGCGUUGGUAGUUGCAACUGCUCUCAGCCCAGCCCCGUUGAGACACCUAGCCGUUUCACACUGGAACGUGGAUUUGUAUCUCUCAUCUACAACGCCGAACCGGUGUGCUUGGUACAGAACAAGCAUCACCUCGUUCGUUCUCUGACGCUGGCCAAAGCCGGCGAUUUUCUUUCAGCCUCCGCCCCGCGGUGCCAUGCCAGCGGUCGCAACCGAUAACCACGCGGUCGUGGGCGGUCCGGCCUUGUUGACAGACUUGCCCUGGAAGCUCCUAUCCCUGAGUCUGGGUUCUGUUGCUAUCUCCGUUGUGGCUGCGGUCGUCAUUCGCCGUUUCAAAACAAGAAACAAUUCACCUUGGACCGUGUCCGGCAAGCCCGAGAUACGCUUCUUUGAAGAGGAGGCCACCGAGGCCGACGUACCUGUAAUCUACCAGCAACGGCUGCACUAUCAAUUCCCCAGCCAUCACUGUAUCAUAGACGACAAGAUGGCUGGAAGAGACGAUGGCAGUAGUCCUGCAGGUGACGAGGCCUCAAGGAGCCAGGAGUCCUCCUUCCCCAGCUCCGCCGACACAAUAUCCGACAACGAUGACCCCCGUCCAGAACACGAAUCCCCGUCCGGCGGGUCUCACUCGGCCGGGAAACGACCCGAGGUAGCAGCGCCCAGGUUCAUCGUAUCCAGACCGCCGCCGCCUCCUCCGUUGACCCCUCCAGAACGUUCGAACUCUAUUUUCACGGUCGAGGAUGCCAACCGGAGUCGUGCCGGGAGGGCCCCUGAGCUAGACAGUUCAUUCUUCGAUCAGCCGAAUCCCGAUUUCAUGGAAUCUACGCCAGUCCCGCCUGAAGACCCGUCGACCAGCGCCAUGCGGACGCAGAAUACAUCGAUCUCGCGCCGGCGCUCUUACACUCGGAUGCUGCCCAUGAACACCGCAUCGCCAGCUUCCUCCCCCAGGGUCGCCCCAGCAGAAAACUCCGGGUCUCUGUUCACGCCAUCCUCAUUCCCGCCAUCAUCACCUUUCUUGCCAGGCCCCCCUCCCGCCGAGGGUAAAAACUCUCGAGAACCAACCCAGCAGAUCGAGGUCCAGGGCGAGAUCAUCUCCGUCAUGGACGACUCCGGGGCAGGGUGGAAGCGUCAUACGCGAAUCUACGGCGGGGGCGUAUGUCUCGCAUGUGCGGCAGCAGCAAAUGACGGUCAGGGCGGCUUCUACGGGAGCAACGUCCGGCCUGAAGACAUGCAUUGAGGAGCAUGGCGUGGGGAGGCGCGCGCAGGAUAUGACGGCAAAAUCCGUUUCGGAGGGCAUAUAUAUAUAUAUAUAUAUAUACCGUGGGUGUCGCAGAGGAGGCUGCGAAAGAUGGACGAUGGACUUACUUCGAAGGAUCUGAUCUAGCCACUGUUCUGCACAUAACCCUGUCCGACGA